AAGAAAAAAAAUCUUUCGAUAUCGUACGGAACCAGUUAACGAUCGAAGCUCCCUUUGUUUUGGUCUGCGGUACAAAGGUUGACAGAAUUUGCCCUGAAUUUAAAAGCCAGUAUAAUUGCUAAUCUAACUAUCUUUUCGAAUGUCCUAACCGAUGGCUUCGCGAGUUCUCUUCGAAGACGAAGCUUUGUUAUUCCCAUUUCCCUUCAAUCGUAGCAUUUAAUCAGUUUUUGCCCGAAGUUUGCGAUAUCACAAGAAAGAACCCGCUCAGAAUCCAGCUUCCAAGAAAUGGGUUUCGGCCUUCAACUUCGUUUGUUAUUAUGGAAGAAUUUUACUUUGAAAAAGCGAUCACCGCUUGCCGUGGUCUUCGAAGUACUUAUUCCAUUGGUGCUAUUUCUUAUUUUGAUGGGAAUUCGACUUAGACGUGAGCCUUAUCCUAAACCCGAAGAGAUUUUCCCAGUCCGUGCUUUGCCGUCAUCAGGAAUAAUUCCCUUGUUGCAGCAGUUCUGUCCAAAUCGCCAUACAGAUGAGCAUGGCUUUCCUCUUCAUCCUAAUUCCAGCAUUGGAGAAAUAUUAGCAGACAUGACUGAUAUUCUUAAUUCACCAAGUCUCUCUGUCAUAUCUGAUCUACAAAGACUGCCACAUGACUUUAGGGAUUUUAUGAACAAUUCUAGGGCACUACAAGAGCAUUUAAAGAAUAUAGGAAAUUUUAGUCUUCAAGAUGUUAUUACUGACCCUGAUGAAUUUCAAGAGCUGCUUACGAAUCUAUCUGUCCCAGACCAGCUAGCUUCUACUUUAAUGAACAGUUUAAUUAAUGGAACUGAGCUUGCAAGAAUCCUUUACCAACAAGACCAGUUCCCUGCGUCUCCCAAUCUGUUUCCAGUAAGAAAUGGCUUAUUACCAUUAUUGGAGAAGGAGAAAAGACUAAGUAGAACAGGCACUGGUCUGUUAGAGAUGUUGGUUCUUGCUGUACACUCACAAAACACAUCACUCGGUCUCCUGCCAAAACUACAAAAUCCUCAGAAACAAUAUCAACAAAGGUCAACAACGGGCUCAAGUUGUAAAAAAGACGAGCUGAGUAUCCUGAUUUUUCACUCGAAUAACACUAAGAAGGACGCUCUUUUGAAUUCUCUCUGUAAUCUCACGCCUGACCAGAGACAAGCUCUAGUAGGGUUCAUAGUAACUCACACGAAGACAGAUGCACUAGCCAGGCAGUUAAACAUCACCAAUGAAGAUCUUGCAAGGUUUAACACCUCCUUUCAGCGUCUCAAAGUGGACAUAAGAAGCAUGUCUACUUUUGUACAGUUGGUCCAGAAGGGCCAGCACAUGGCGUCUCUAUUAAAGCUGAACAUGUCAUUCGCCGAAGGCCUGGACAACAUGACAAAAAGCGCUCGUAACAAGGCGUACAUACAGGGCAUGUGGAAGAACUUAGGCCCAGUCCUCUGCGGCUCGGACCCCGACGAACAGCCGGACCGCGUCGUGAAGCACAUGUUUGAUUACCGCUGUCUGACAAAAUCCUGCCAAACGCGGGCGCUUAGGCUGAUGUUUUACUUACUGACCCAUAAUCCCAAGAUUCUUUACGCGCCUAAUAAUACAGCUGCUGAUGACGUCAUCAAAGAUGCGAAUAGGACGUUUUCAGACAUUGAGUAUCUCCAAGACCUCGCCCACGACUGGCUCAACACAUCAUCUCAAAUUCGCCGCGCCCUCCUCCAAAACGAGACCCAAUUCUACCUCGGUUUGGUGUCGAAUUACAUCCGGGCCUAUCCCGACAGCUACUGGGAGCUAAUAUCUGGAAUCUCAGAAAAAGACCCUACUACGCAUGCUCCGUACUUCAAAAACAUCCACUCUCUGCUGACCAAGAAGAACGGGGGCGUCAAUCCUAUCAUUGAGCAGCUGGAUAGGAUAGAUGCUGUGCUCAAGAUAUGGAUAGAGCAAACCAAGGCCUUCAAGCUUGAUAUAUUUGUAGGAUUUAAAGACGAGGAGUCGUUAGUUAGAUACGCCUUUAAUACCAGUGGAGUUCGGGGCGACGAUUCCUCUAAGAUAGUUGCAGGAAUCGUCUUCACCAACAUAGAGCCAAACAAGACCUUACCUGUCCACGUGACCUACAAGAUACGAAUGAACGCUACCUACUUCACGCCAGCCACUGACCGCAUCCGUGACAGCUAUUGGAGGCCUGGGCCCCAGUCUUGGGGUCAAAGCUAUUACGACCUCGGUUUCGUGUGGCUUCAGGACAAGAUUGAGAGAGCUGUGGUGAACUUACACGCCAUGAGGGAGGUGAUUAAACCGGCGGUCUACCUUCACGAAAUGCCCUAUCCAUGCUACUCCAAGGACAGGUUUAUGCUGGUUAUCCAGCACAUGAUGCCGCUAUGCCUGACGGUCUCGUGGAUUUACACGGUGGCCAUUGUGGUUCGGUCCAUCGUCUACGAGAAGGAGCAGCGGCUCAAGGAAGUCAUGAAGAUGAUGGGACUCAGUAAUGUGGUCCACUGGGUGGCUUGGUUCAUCACUAGUGUCUCUGUCAUGUCAAUCACUGUCAUGUUGCUGACAGUCAUUCUGAAGUAUGGCAAAGUACUCGCAUUCAGUGACCCCCUGAUCAUAUGGCUCUCUCUGAUGCUGUUCGCCAUCGUAACGAUCGUCUUCUGCUUCCUGAUAAGCGCCUUCUUCUCCAAGGCCAAGCUCGCGGCGGCGUGUGGCGGUAUCAUCUACUUCCUGACCUACAUGCCUUUCGUCUUCGUGUCCAUCCGCGAAGGAGCGGCUCACGCUACGAUCGAGAGCUCGGAGAAGAUGGCCAUCAGUUUGCUUUCCACCUCGGCGUUUGGCCUUGGCGCACGGUAUUUCGCGCUUUACGAGGAGCAAGGCGAGGGCGUACAGUGGUCCAACAUCGGGAAGAGCCCGAUCCGUGGAGACGACUUCAACCUCCUCAAGGUCCUUUACUUCCUGGUCUUCGACACUUUUCUCUACGUCAUCCUGGUCUGGUACAUCGAGGCCGUACAUCCGGGAUCUUAUGGUCUUCCUAGACCGUGGUACUUUCCUAUUCAACCGACCUAUUGGUUCGGACACAAUACAAACGCGUGUCCAAAUCUGAGGAAGAAAAACUACCGAAUGAUGACGUCAGACGAGAUGGAAGACUCGCCCCAGACCCCUGGACUUCUCGCGUACGAGAGGGAGCCCGUACAUUUACCCCUGGGAGUCACAAUAGAUAAUUUGCAAAAGGUCUACAAAUCUGGAACCAAGGCUGUGGAUGGGCUAAAUCUCAAUCUGUACGAAGGCCAAAUCAUGUCCUUCCUUGGUCAUAAUGGCGCUGGUAAAACCACCACUAUGUCCAUCCUCACCGGACUCUUCCCGCCCACAGCUGGGACGGGCUACAUCUAUGGACACGACAUACGAUUUGACAUGGACAAGAUCCGGCAUAAUCUGGGCAUGUGUCCGCAACACAAUGUGCUAUUCGAUGGGCUGACCGUGGACGAGCAUCUCUGGUUCUACGCUCGUAUGAAGGGGAUGGCGGCGCAUGCUGUGAAGACAGAAAUGAACCAGUUGGUUGAGGACAUUGGUCUGCCAAACAAGCGAAACUGUGCGGUGGAGACCCUGAGUGGUGGCAUGAAAAGGAAGCUGUCUGUUGCCAUGGCAUUCGUGGCAGGCUCCAGAACGGUGAUCUUAGAUGAGCCCACUGCAGGAGUAGACCCGUACGCCCGCAGAGCAAUAUGGGAUCUCCUCAUCAAGUACAAGAAAGGCCGAACCAUUCUCCUCUCCACACACUUCAUGGAAGAAGCCGACAUCCUCGGUGAUCGCAUCGCCAUCAUCUCAAGCGGCAAGCUCCGAUGUGUUGGCUCCCCUCUCUACCUAAAACGACGCUUCGGCGAGGGCUACAACCUCACGCUUGUGAAAAAGAGCAUUUCCUCCCCUCAUGGGUCUAUUGGGAGCUUUAGGAGAAGUACCAGUAGUAACUUGGAGGCAAGCAGGAGGAGCGUGAACUCCCAACAGGGGUAUACUGGGGCCAGCUGCCCACCGGGGUCCACUGGGGCCCGACAAGGUUCCAUUGGAAGCAUUAGUACUGAAUGUAAUGUUGGCAGUAGUAGGAUAAGCAUGGAUUCCCCUCUGGACUCUCUUGCCAAUGAGAGUCGCGUGGAGGUAUCAAGUACUGAGACAGAGGCGGACAGAAGAAGCGGUUUUGUUUCGCCGAGGACCAGUGGAACUCUCACAGAUGCACUAUUUCCUGGUGAUCUGCCCACGCAGGAGGAGAAAUUAACCAGUUUCAUCACCUCCCACAUCUCGUCCGCUCAACUAAAGCACAAAACAAACCAGGAGUUCACUUUUAUACUCCCCGAUAACUCGAUCAAGAGGGGAGCAUUCAAAAAGCUCUUUGCUGACUUGGAGCAGAAUAUAGAUGUGCUGGGAAUUGAUAGCUACGGCAUUACUCAUACUCUCCUCGAGGAAGUUUUCCUGAAAGUAACAGAUGUCUCAUUAAACGAGACCGAUGAAAACAGCGCAAGCGAAGCAGAGACGGUGCCAAGUCUACUUUCCCCUCCCCUGCCAACCUUGCCGACCAAUGAAGGACUGGAAAUGAGUGAUGUCGUAAGAAACAGGGGAGAGGAUACUGAACGGCUGCUUGGUUACCAGCCCCUCUCGGACUCUGGCACUCACCAAGAUGAGGCAUCUAACGGCCACGCUGCUGGUUUGUUUGAAGGAGUAGGAAGUCAUACGUUGACCGGCUCGGCACUCCAGUGGCAGCAAUUCUACGCACUGAUGCUCAAACGCUUUCACUACGCGCGACGUAACUUCAAGGGUGUCAUCUCGCAAAUUCUCCUUCCUGCUCUAUUUAUUUGCAUUGCCAUGACAAUGGCACUUUCACUUCCGCCCAAGCCAGACCUCCCCCCUUUGGAGCUAUCGCCUUCUAUGUUCUAUCAGCCCAACUACAUACCAUUCGGCAACGAGGCCAAAGGCAUGAACAUCCUCGCAAAGAGGCUCGAGCAGACCCUGACGUUGUCGUCCGGUAUCGGUGCGACGUGCUGCUUACGAUAUCCCCAGUACGACUUGCUCAACUCGACAGUGAAGCUCACGAAGUCCCAAGUCGCCCUGAUGUUCGAUAAGUCUUGUCGGAAAGCGAUCGACGAGGUCUCGGGAGUCUAUCUGAAGCCGAAUAAGCAUCGAUUCUCGUACAUUUACUACACCAAUAGCUCUAUGAAUGUGUCAGAGUCGGUGACGCAUCAGAAGGCGGGGCCAGGAUGUCGGUGUUCGGCAAAUGGCACGUGGUACUUGUGCGAUCAGGGCGCGGCCGGGAAGCAGCCCAAGGAACUGGUGACGAUAACACGUGACACGCUUCAAAAUGUGACCGGCAGAAACAUGUCAGAGUACUUACUCUAUACCACGCAGACAUUCAGAAUGCACAGGUACGGGGCGCUGUCGUUUGGUAACGUCGUGCAGUUUGUUCCAUCGAGGCUGGACAGUGUUCAUAUCGAUGCCGUGAGACGCCUCGCCAUACGUGAAGCUUCCAAGUCUUGGUACAACAACAAGGGUUACCACGCAUUACCGACGUACCUGAAUGUGAUGAAUAACGCUAUUUUACGCGCAUCUAUCCCCAAGAGUAAAGGCAAUCCUGCCGCUUAUGGAAUCACAGCCUAUAACCAUCCCUUCCCGUUUAACUCCACGUCUGCAGUUCAUCUGUCAGCGGAUUAUUUGCGGCAAGGCACGGAUCUGGUUAUCGCCAUCUUCGUUAUCAUCGCCAUGUCUUUCGUACCUGCAAGCUUCGUCGUGUUUCUCGUAACGGAGAGGUCUACCAAAGCGAAGCACUUACAGUUUGUCAGCGGCGUCGACCCUGUCGUUUACUGGCUUUCUAACUAUCUAUGGGACAUGUGUAACUACCUCAUCCCCGCCUUGGCUUGUAUAACGUUGCUCUACCUAUUUGGAGUUCCCGCCUACGCCUCUGAGACGAACUUCCCCGCUGUCGUAGGGCUCUUUAUGCUUUACGGCUGGUCUAUCACGCCUAUGAUGUACCCAAGUGCGUUCUGCUUCAGUGAGGCGAGCUCGGCGUACGUCGCUAUGAUCGUGCUGAAUCUCUUCGUCGGUGUCACUGCUACCGUCACUACAUUCAUCUUACAGCUCUUUCCUGACGAUGAGGUACUUACAGACGUGAAUGAUGUCAUCAAGUUGAUCAGCCUGGGGUUCCCCAACUACUGCCUGGGGCGAGGGCUCAUGGAUCUGGCGUACAACCAGUACUUGUCGGAGUACUACAGACAGAUAGGCGAGGAAGACUCGAUCAAGUCUCCUUUCGAAUGGAUGAUCGUCAGCAGGAACCUCGUGUGUAUGCUCAUGGAAGGCUUCGCAUUCUUCAUCCUGACCAUCCUCAUAGAGUUUAAAUUCUUCUUGAAAAGACGGCGUAUCCCGGUCUCCCAACUUCCAAUUGAAACCGAAGAUGAAGACGUAGCUGCCGAGCGAGAUCGGGUGCUCCGAGGUGAUGCCGACGACGAUCUCGUCAAGAUCGAAAAUCUCACGAAGAUUUACUAUUCUCGCAAGAGGGGCAAGCACCUGGCGGUGGACCGGUUAUGCGUUGGUGUCCCCCAGGGAGAGUGCUUCGGUCUGCUGGGCGUAAACGGCGCAGGGAAGACAAGUACCUUUAAAAUGUUGACAGGGGAUACUGCCAUGACGGCGGGCGAUGCCGUGCUCAACUCGUACCGCAUCGCGACAGACAUCCAUCGUGUUCACCGGUGUAUUGGCUACUGUCCUCAGUUUGACGCGCUGAUUGACGAGAUGACGUCAGAGGAGCACAUCCUGCUCUACGCCCGACUCAGGGGGGUGCCAGAGAAGGAGAUUAAGCAGGUGAUGAAGUGGGCUAUCCGUAAGAUGAACCUGACUCAGUACGCAAAGACCCCGUGCAAGACCUACAGUGGAGGCAACAAGAGAAAGCUCUCCACGGCUAUAGCGCUCAUAGGCGACCCACCAAUCAUAUUCUUAGACGAGCCCACGACAGGAAUGGAUCCGGGUGCACGGCGCUUCCUGUGGAACCUCAUCCUGAACAUCGUCAAAGAUGGGCGAUCAGUGGUGCUGACCUCUCACAGUAUGGAGGAAUGUGAAGCCUUGUGCAGUCGCCUCGCUAUCAUGGUCAACGGACGGUUCAAAUGCCUCGGCAGCUGUCAACAUCUCAAAAACAGGUUUGGCGAAGGUUAUAUCAUCACUGUGCGUAUCCAAGGCGACGUCCCUAAUCUUGAGCCCGCCAUCACACACUUUACUGAGCACUUCCCACGGGCCACUCUUAAGGAACGUCAUCACAACAUGCUUCAGUACCAGAUACCCUCGGGCAUCAUGACGCUGGAUCAGAUCUUUGGGAACAUCGAGGACUACCAGGAUCGACUGGGCAUCGAGGACUACUCAGUCAGCCAGACAACAUUAGACAAUGUAUUCAUCAACUUUGCCCGCCAGCAGACAGACGAGACGGAAUACAACGAGCAACUGCCUGCCAGUGAUAUCGCAGGCUCAUUACAAGGCGAGCGCCCGCGCUCCAUGUUGUCAGAGGAGAUUCACUUUAGUGUUCUAGAAGAUGAUGAGGAAGGCGCAAGGGUUUUCUUUACUGAUCGGGCUCGGCUUGCGUUCUCGACAGAAGAAGCAACGUGACAAAGACCCAGAUAAGGUUUAAUAACAACCAGAAAACGUAACCGAAUGAAAUGUGGCACUACCAGGCUGAUAGGCUUUUAUGCAUACACCCAUUUUUGUUUUAGAUAACAAUCCUAACACAUUCUCUGCUAUUUUUCUAAAAACAUAUUUUAUAGUAUUCUUCAGAUGUACCGUAGAACAUACUAUGCUAUUGUAAUUGAAAAAUAGGAUUUUUUCUUGAUCAGACAAUAAAUCUUUUUUAGAAUUAGGGCUUAAAUUGCGUAAAUUGUAAUGUUUAAUAGGAAAAUUCAUAGGGGUUCUUAUGCAGUAGGCGAAAUUUUUAAUCUCAAAACGUAGAUUAUUUAGAAUACAAGUUAUGGCAAAUAAUGAAUACUUUAUGGUCGGUUCCAUUGCUUAAAAAAUAGGUUCAAAUUUCUAUUUCAACAUUCCAAAGAUGCUUGUGUUUGUUUGAGAUAUUAGAAGAUAUUUUGGUCCUAAGAUUUGGGAAAACUAAAAUAAACUUAAAAAGAAUUGGGGAAAACGAAACACAUUUUUUUUUUCAACUGAAAAGAUACUUUGAAUUAUAAAAUAAUAAGUCAAGGGGCGGGCCAAAAGAUAUUUGAGGAAAGAUAGGUCAUUUAUCGUGCACUCGAGGCUGUAAAGAUAAUUCUUUUUUUCUCAUAUUUCUUAUGGUCAGUCCCUGGUUAUUCACCUAUUUUAAAUACGAUUGCACUCAAGAAUCCAUAUAUCGUGACCCGCAGUGGCUCAUGGGUGACGUUUACAUUAUUUUAGCAUCUUGGUACACUUAAGCCUAUCCAGAGCCUCGAACGUCUUUCUAUUUAGUGGCCAGCGAACCUCGUCUCAAGCUCGCUGGCCAUUAAAUAGAGAGACGUUCUGGCUUUCUUACACGAGUUACACGACAAGACUGACUUGGUAGUAUUUUAUUAAAGUUUUUUGAGUUUUUACUCGGUUUAUCACAGAGUUGUGGGAAGACAUCGGGGAGGUGAAUGCACGAAAAGAGAAGUUGUGGCAUUCACUUUGCGUGGGUGAGGUGAAAUUGGGAAUGGGCUAUUGAGCAUCGCGUGAUGCCGUAUAUUUAAUGUUUGGUAAGCAGAGAAGAGAUAGUAUUUAAUAGAAUCUAAGAUUACAAUUGUCAGCAUUGGAAGUAUAAUAAAUUAUUAGUUUUGGUA